AUGCCGACGAGUUUGUUCAACGACAUAGACCGCAGCGUCAGCGCCGGAGGUAACUCUCUGGAGGAACAGCGUGCCCUUCAACUAGCCUUUGAGCUCUCGAUGCUGAGUCUCGCGGAGGGCACCCAAGGUUGCACGGGCAAUGGCAACGCUGGCCCGGGGAACGGAAACAACUCCGACCCAACGGACCUACAGGCGACGCCGUCCAGCGUCUUUGAGGAGGCCAGGUCCAAGAAGAGCCAGAACAUGACUGAAUGUGUUCCCGUACCCAGCAGCGAGCACGUGGCUGAGAUCGUUGGCCGUCAAGGAGUCACUUAA